AUGGACAUUGAUAGCCUCUUCAAGGACCUGAAGUCGGCUCCGACCCGCCAGCCGCGCGACAACGCCCCUGCUCCUGGCAAGCGAUCCGCCCCGCCGGCCGAGCUACUGGAGUUCUCCGGUGGCGGGGCCGAUGUCCCUGCGACGGUGUUUGGUACUGGCGCUGGCUCCAGCAAGCGCGCUCGCACGGGUCUUAGCCUCCCGCCACCGACAGCACAAGUGACAAGCACCGCCAGUCUGGACGAUGAUGAUGAUCGGGGCGUUGAAUUCAGCCGGGAUGACUUCCAGUUUGUCUCCUUCGGCGAGGAUGACGAGGGCGAGGACGCUGCCACGGGCCUCGGCCUUGAUGAGGAGGACCCAUAUCUGGCAGCUCGUGAGCGCCGGGGUCCGGCUAUUCCCCCCAGCGGUGCUCCUAUUGCCAGCCAAGUGACUUCCAUGACCAAGAUGAUUUUUGAUCAGCUUCCGGAUCUGCCUGACACGGCCCCCGAGGCCGAAGGUCUCGGGUUCCUGAAGGGUGAACUGAAGCGCCUGACUGUUGCCCUGGAGAAGGCCCUCGAGGCGAAUCAAACCGCCCGGGGACGUUUCCCGGAUGACCCCUCCAAGUUCAUGGAAUCGGAGAUCGAGCUGAACGCUUGCCUCAAGUCGAUGGAGAUCUUCCCCGCCGAGCCGGCGCUCUUUGCGGAGAUUGCUGCCGGUCCGGUCCCCAAGAUCCUGACCGACCUGCUGGUACACGACAAUGUGGACUUGUCGGUCACCGUGGUUGACCUGCUGAAGGAGUUUUGUGACAGUGAUAACAUUCUGGAAGCCGAGGCAGAGACCCGGCGCCUUGUUCGGUCUCUGCUGGAUCGCCAGCUCCUGUCGCUGCUCAUGGCCAAUCUGAAGCGCCUCAACGAGAAGGCCGAGGCCGAGUCGCAGUGCCUCUUUGACACGAUGUCCAUCUUCGAGAAUCUGAUCGAGCUGGACCCCACCACGGCUGACACCCUUGCCGGAGAGGAGGUUCCCCUUGCGAAAUGGCUGCUCCAACGGGUGGCUCGCACGGGUGGCGAGCCCUUCAACACGAACACCCAAUAUGCCAGCGAGUUGCUGUCGAUCAUUCUGCAACUGAGCGAGCGGGCGCGCUUGGGUCUGAGCCCAAGUGACCGUGCUCCCGAGACUGAGUUGACCUUCGCCCUCCUGGAUGGCUGUGGGCUGGACCUACUGCUGCAGGCCCUGGCGGGCUGCGCAUACCUGCGCAAGACAUACAAGGAUGACUACGACGAGAUGGCCGAGGAGGAGCAUGUUCUGAGCAUCAUUGUGUCUUUGUUGCGCUUUGCGUCAACCAAGCCGCAGCCCAACCGCCAGCGCGUGUUGGCCAAGUUCUCGGAGGACAACUUCAUGAAAAUCGAUCGCCUGGUGGACCUGCUGGUGGUGUACACCGAGCGGGAGAAGCGCAAUGCCGAGGCACUUGCCCAAAUCCGGCUGUCGCAUCUGAGUCGGAAUGAGUCGGUCGAUGAGGAUUCGCUCUUCUCGCGGAGACUCGAGCAGGGUGCCUUCCAGCUGCACCUGGUGUCAAUCAUCAUCGCAUGGGUGGUGAUCUUGGGGGGCAAGCUGGCUGAGCGAGUCCGUGCCACGCUGGCCCUGCGGGAUUUCACGCCGGACGUGAUCCUGGCCCACCUGGAGGAUGCUCUCUGGCCAUCCCCAAGCACACAACCUGCUUAG